AUGUCAGUGUGGUUUGAUGUGUCAAUCUGGAAGAAUCAACGGUUUACAAUCAAACAUGGUCAAAUUGUUAAAGAUAUAAGAAUAUUAUUGAGUUUUUUAUCAUUAUAUAAUACAACAUUGGCAUUUAUUAUAUUUUAUGGACCAGUUUUAAUUUCCGUCAUCUCGAUCAUUAGUGGUGGUCUCUUAUUUGUCGAUGAUUUAACAUUGAUGUUAUGCAUGGAAUGUUCAGUUGGUCUGACAUCCGCUGUUAUAACGUUCAAAUCUGUUAUUUGA